UCUGCCAGUAGCCUGAAAGAGGCCGCCUGGGGGCUGUUCAGGGAGACCAGAGUCUCCUUUUAACCCCCUUCCUCCCUCCCUCUCUCCUUCUCUGCCUUUCUCCCAUUUGUUUCCUUCCGGAAGAGAGUGGAAGGGAGGGGGCCUGGACCGCAUCCUUCUGCUUCGCAGCUGCAGGGCCAGAGGAGCAGGUGGAGAGUAAAGAGGAGCGCCGGCGGCGGAGUGCAGAGACCGCAGUGACGCUGCCCUGAAGAGAUGGCGGCCCCGCGCCUCUGAAUAAGCAAAAUCCCAGCCUGUCUCCAGCUGCUGCCGCCGCCGCCGCAGCGCAGCGCCAUGGUGCACCGCUGCUGAAAGGCAAAGGAGGGACCAGUCCCGGCGACAAAUAAAUGGUGCAGCAACUGCAACCCCUUCCAGAUUUUCUUCUUUUGAUUCUCCAUAUUAAAUUUCCCUUCAAAUAUUCAGCCUCUGUAGUUGCUGCUGGUAGAAAAGCUUCUGAGGAAGCAUUCUCCCCUUUAACUACCUCCCUCUUUAUUUUCCUUCUCUCCUCAUCCUAAUUUCUUUCCCGGGCCCCACCCCACCCCCUGCAUCUUUUCUUCCCUCCCGCGUCCACUCAUCCCCUCCCCUUUCCAUCCAUCACAACAGCUAUGGCUGCAGAGGAGGUUUUGCAGAGCGUGGAUCAUUAUAAGACUGAGAUCGAAAGGUUGACUAAGGAGCUCACUGAAACAACCCACGAAAAGAUACAGGCUGCUGAAUAUGGCCUGGUGGUCUUGGAAGAGAAGCUCACUCUGAAACAGCAGUAUGAUGAGCUGGAAGCUGAAUACGAUGGCCUUAAGCAAGAGCUAGAGCAGCUGAAAGAGGCAUUUGGACAGUCAUUUUCCAUACAUCGCAAAGUAGCUGAAGAUGGAGAGACUCGUGAAGAAACACUCCUGCAAGAAUCUGCUUCCAAGGAAGCCUACUAUCUGGGAAAGAUUCUGGAAAUGCAGAAUGAGUUGAAGCAGAACAGGACUGUGGUCACCAACAUUCAAGCAGAGAAUGAGAGACUCACAGCUAUUGUUCAGGAUCUGAAAGAGAACAAUGAGGUGUUAGAGCUGCAGAGAAUAAGAAUGAAGGAUGAAAUUCGAGAAUACAAGUUUCGAGAAACCCGCCUCCUUCAGGACUACACUGAAUUGGAAGAGGAAAAUAUAACUUUACAGAAGUUAGUGUCCACAUUGAAACAAAACCAGGUGGAAUAUGAAGGCUUAAAGCAUGAAAUUAAACGAUUUGAGGAAGAGAUGGUAUUGCUAAAUAGCCAGCUAGAAGAUGCCAUCCGCUUGAAAGAAAUUGCUGAGCACCAACUAGAAGAAGUCCUGGAAACUUUAAAAAAUGAAAGAGAACAAAAGAACAACCUGAGGAAGGAACUCUCCCAGUAUAUUAAUCUUAAUGAAAGUGUGUACAAUAAUCAUAUCAAUAUCUCAGUAGAUGGACAAAAAUUUGCAGAGGAUAUGAAUGAACCAAACAAUGAUGACAAAAUGAAUGGACAUAUCCAUGGGCCACUUGUAAAACUGAAUGGAGAUUAUCGGACUCCAGGAAGGAAAGGAGAAACCCUACACCCUGUCUCUGACUUAUUCAGUGAGCUUAACAUUUCAGAAAUGCAAAAACUGAAGCAGCAACUUAUGCAGGUAGAGCGAGAAAAAGCCAUUCUUCUAGCCAAUCUUCAAGAGUCUCAAACUCAACUUGAACACACAAAGGGGGCACUAACAGAACAGCAUGAGCGGGUUCAUAAGCUGACAGAACAUGUCAAUGCCAUGAGGGGCCUACAGAGCAACAAAGAACUGAAGGGAGAGCUGGAUUGUGAGAAGGGCAGGAACUCAGGGGAACAAACUCAUGAUUAUGAAGUUGAUAUCAAUGGCUUAGAAAUUCUUGAAUGCAAAUAUAAGGUUGCUGUUACAGAGGUGAUUGAUCUGAAAGCUGAAAUUAAGGCCUUGAAAGAGAAAUACAAUAAAUAUGUAGAAAACUACACAGAAGAAAAGACCAAAUAUGAGAGCAGGAUCCAAAUGUAUGAUGAGCAAGUGACAAAUCUGGAGAAAACUACAAAAGAGAGUGGUGAGAAAAUGGUCCAUAUAGAAAAAGAGUUGCAAAGGAUGACAAGUAUAGCUAAUGAAAACCAUAAUACCCUUAAUACAGCCCAAGAUGAACUUGUGACAUUUAGUGAAGAGUUAGCUCAACUUUACCACCAUGUAUGUCUGUGUAACAAUGAGACUCCCAAUAGGGUCAUGUUGGACUAUUACAGGCAAAGCAGAGUAACCCGCAGUGGAAGCCUGAAAGGACCAGAUGAUCCCAGGGGACUUUUGUCACCACGGCUCACCAGGAGAAGUAUGGUGUCAUCUGUAGAAACAAGAACCCAAUCAGAAUCAGUUUUGAAAGAAAACACAGAGGCCAAUAAAGAACAAAGUCCAACCAAAACACCAACAAUCUCUCCUGUCAUUACUGCCCCUCCUUCAUCUCCAGUGUCAGACACCAAUGAUAUUCGAAAAGAACCAAUGAAUAUCUACAAUUUGAAUGCCAUUAUUAGGGACCAAAUUAAACAUCUACAGAAAGCAGUGGACCGAUCAUUACAAUUAUCACGUCAACGAGCAGCUGCAAGAGAACUGGCUCCAAUGAUAGACAAAGACAAGGAAGCCUUAAUGGAAGAGAUUCUGAAAUUAAAGUCACUACUGAGCACAAAACGGGAGCAGAUAGCCACAUUGAGGGCAGUGUUAAAAGCCAACAAACAGACUGCUGAGGUGGCCCUAGCUAACCUGAAGAAUAAAUACGAAAAUGAAAAAACAAUGGUGACUGAGACGAUGACAAAACUUAGAAAUGAAUUGAAGGCCUUGAAAGAAGAUGCAGCAACUUUCUCAUCCUUGCGUGCCAUGUUUGCAACCAGAUGUGAUGAAUAUGUUACCCAAUUGGAUGAAAUGCAAAGACAGUUAGCAGCUGCAGAGGACGAGAAGAAGACACUAAAUUCACUCUUACGGAUGGCUAUUCAGCAAAAACUCGCCUUGACUCAGCGACUGGAAGACUUAGAGUUUGACCAUGAGCAGUCCCGACGAAGCAAAGGCAAGCUUGGAAAGAACAAGAUCGGCAGCCCUAAAGUAAGUGGGGAGGCAUCAGCCACCGUGCCCACCAUAGACACUUUCUUCCUGCAUAGUCAGGGCCCACAGCCACCAAACAUACUGGUCAGCAGUGGCACUCAGAGGAAAAGACAAUUUUCACCUUCCCUUUGUGAUCAGAACCAUCCCAGGACUUCAGGGGCUUUCUACCAUCAGCAUUUAUUAAGAGUCCCCCCUGAUCCCACCUCCACAGAAUCAUUUCUUCUGAGGGGCCCCCCUUCCCUGAGUGAAUUCAUCCAAGGGUACCGGCUCAACAAGGAAAAAAAGUUAACUGUGGCACCACCAGCAAAACAAGAUUGUCAGCAGCCUGCUGCCUCCAUAUCGCCACAAUGCUCACAACUAGCCAGGAGGCAAGACUGCCAGACUAUCAGUUCUAAUGUCAUUCUCCCUGAAGAGCAGCCACAUUCCAGCUCUCAGUGUGCCCCUCUCAACUGUCUUUCUCAGCCUCCUAAUCCCUAGUCUUCAUCUUCAACAGACAAAAAAAUGGAAUGGAAUUUGUACAACCAUUAUGUAGACUACUUCCCAAGAUUCAGCAGGCAUUUCUGCCUGAUUGGGAACAUGAAUAAAACUUGGUUCAUUUCUACACUAUUGGAAAUCAAGAGAAGAUUGAGAAGUAUACUUAUAAGUACAGAGGCCAGUCUGACAGGACACUUGAUGGUUUCUCUGAUCAUGUACAAACUUAGCUAAAGAAUGUUCUGUGAUAAGAACUUUAAAAAAAGAAAAGAAAGAAAAAGAAAAUUUUGUUUUCAGAUGCUUAGUUCUAUCUCUGUAAUAAGCCAAUAUAAAAUAAAUGGUAGACAAAUCAUAAAAUCCUAUCAUCCUCAGUCAGCCGUAGAAUUCUGAUUCAGAUUUUUUUUUCAGGCAAUGGUAUUUAUUUUAUUUUUAUUUAUUUAUACCACAAUUUUUGUUAGUAAACUAUAAACCAAUUGUGGAAAGAGUAUAUGUACAUUUUUAUGUUUAAAUAAGGAAAAUUAGCUGAAUUAACUUUGAUUUUAAUUAUUUAAAAUUGGCCUGAAUUUGGCCAUUUUUAUGCACAAAAUAAAAAAUUAUGGUUCAUUGGAAUAUUCAUGUUAACUUUGUAUUUGCACUGGUUUGUUUAUGCACUUAUUUUCUAAUUAGUUAUUUAUUAGCUACUGAUUUUAUAAUAAUUUCCUACUGAAAACCAGUUGUUAAGUCUAAGAAAGAUUUUAAUUAUGAUCAUUUACUUAAUUAUGAUCAAUUGUUUAAUUAUAUGCUUUUUUAUUUUAUUUUUUUUUAUUUUUUUUUUUUUUUUAGGACUUCAUACAAGUAGAUGAACUGGUGCUGUUCCAUUUUAUGUGCUAACUCAUAAAGGAAUGCUAAACAAUUUGACAAAAUCAUGUGUUCAUUUAAUUUUUUUCUCUCAAAAAUUCAAGUUCUCAAUGUGAGUCUUUACCUGUGAAAAGAUUAUAAGUACAGAUCAAAAGAUAUACAUGUAUAAAAAACAUCUUUUAAAAAAGUUGUUCACUUAGGUAGGGUUGAAUAUUUGGAAUGAAGUUGAUAUAAAUAAGGCUGAUCUUUUUUCUGCAAAACUUCCUUGCCAAAAACAAUAAAUAAUAAACCUUAGUGCAUUGUCAGCUUAUGACAAAUACUCAGGUGCCUAUGAUAUACAGAUUCUCUAGUGACAGCUCAGUGUUCCUAGUUAAGUUACAGAUUCUUUUAAAGUAUCCUAGAACAUAGUUUAAAGUACUGAAUUUACACGAUUAGUCAAAAAUAGGCGACUUUAUUUUGCACAAUAACCUGACAGACAAGGAAAAUAACUAAUUGAUCUAUAGAAUCCAAGAAUUUGGGGCUUCUCAUUAAGUACUACUCAUAAAUUGUUCUUACUCCCGAUUCCUUGCUCUUAGUCAGGUAGCCUUAAUUUAUUUAGAGAAAAAAGGGUUUGAUAUUUUCAUGUGACAAUAUCUAUGACUUCUCUAUAAAUUCCACACUAAAAAUAGUCCACAUUUUUUCACAGAAUCAUGGAUUUAGAGGUGGAAAGUAACUUUGAGAUCAAAUCUAAUCCAUCUCCCUCAUUUUACAUAUGGAUAAAUCAGGCUUAGAGACAUAAAGUGACUAGACUAGUUCAUGUGCAUAAUUCUAAUAAAUACAUGCCAGAGACAGGUCAGUAAUCUCCUGACCUAGUAUAGGGUGAUUGACAGCAGAGGCUAAUUUAGAAUCAUUCAGGAAUUUAAAGGAUAUCAAAUUCAAUGGUUUUUAAAUUCUAAGUACUUUUUUUUUCCAGAAAUGUAUACCUAUCAUAUGUCAAUCAAGAAGCAGCAAUCAUCAUUUCAAAAACAACUAAAGGAUUUACUUUCAUGUAUAACAUGUGCAGCAGUACCACUUAUUAAAAGCAAAUUGAGGUAAAUGGUGAGAUUCUGCACAAAACAAAUAUAAAGGUUUAGGUUCAGAGAAAUUUAGAAAACAAAUCUUAAGCAAAGUGAAACAGAACAACUUUCUGUUUCUCGAUGCAUUACCAAGUUCAUCUUAUUUUGCUGUGGCCACCGAGAGUCAUGCAUAUGCAGUGUGUACAUUUUUAUUACUGGUCAGUCAGUAUUUUUUUUAUGGAAACAUGAUCAUGCUGUUUCCAUCUUCAAUGUAACAUAGCUGCUACAUAAUUUUUUUAAAUAAACACUCUUGUGCCUGAGGAAAGAUUUGCCUUUAAAAAGGAGCUCAGAACACCUUCCUAGAUUUCCUCAUUAUUCUCCUCUAUGGUACUGGGAAUACAACAGGAAAUACUGUUCUUAAAUUACAUGUGAAUGUGUCAGUAAUACUCUGCUACAUAUCUGGAUAUCUGUACUCAGUUUAUAACCCAAUGCAAAAUGAUUAGAAAAUACAAAGACUAUUUCUUCCCUCUAAUUCAGACAAAAGUAUUAUCUCUAAUUCUACAGCAUAUGUUUGAUAUUAAAAGUUUGUUUUAAAAUGCCAAUGGGGGAGGGGGAGGAAGAUUGCUUUGAAGCAUUUACAAAAUACUUAUUUUAGCUAAAACUUGCUAGAAUGUGAAAACUUAGAAAUGAAUAUCUAUGUCUCCACACAAAAGCAGUUCGUAUUCAUAAAUUCAUAGGAUCUUAACCAUCAUCUAGGACUACUACUCUUUAUAGCUGAUGAUACAGGUCCAGAAAUUUUGUAUGACUUGUCUGAAGGAAACACAACAUUAGAAGAAGCCAACCUGAAAAAUAAAAAUAACCCACAGCAACAAAUAAUAAAAAUAAAAACAAAAACAAACGCCUUGACUAAAUAAAAACAGAAAAGAUUUAGGGAUUGCAAUAGGUAAAGAUGCUGUAAAACUUGUUGUUUUAAAGAAGUACAUUAGUAGUAUCUAUUGAUAGGAGAAGAUGAGACAGGAAGGAAUCGUAAGGUAAUUGUUCAUUUACUGAACUACUGACUGCAAGUCAACUGGUUCUAGGCUCCAAGUCAAAAGAAUUGUUCAGGAUGCUAAGAAAACUAAAAUCACUAAAUAUUGCGAAAAUGCCUGUUAAGGAAGAAAGGGAAUUGUUCAGGUAGUAGAAGACAAGGAAGAAUCUUCAAAGAAAAGAAGAGUUUUAAACAAAGAGUAAUAAACCAUUUUUUGUUUUACAUCACUAAGAACAGAAGAAGAAAUAAGAGGAUUACCAGGUUAGUUGGGAGGUUUAGGUUAGUUAAAAAAUAUUUUUCAAAUAAACAUUACACUAAAAUGGAUUAUUAUGGAAGUUUGUGGAAUCUCCUUUAGAGUAAAGACACAGUUGUUUGGUAUAGUUUAAAUAGCUUGAGGGUACUAUGCCUUAAAGUAUCAUAGCUCUUAUAAUUUUGUGAAAAUCUAAGAGAAAAAUAUUUUAAAUUCUUAGAUUAGACAUAAAGACACUUGGUAAUCUUUGAAAAAUAAGUAAACAGUCUUAACAUUUUUCCAGUGUACCUAUCCAGUAUUUCUUUUUUGAAGAAUAGACAAGAAUAGUUUCUUUCUAUCAAGAUAAUGGGCAUCCUUGUUUCACCCUCUUUCUAUCAAGCAGUAUUUUCUAUACUAUCUUUUUAUAAUUUUCAGAACACUGAAAUUAAUAGGAAAAAGUACCAUGAUUAUCAGAGGACAAUAAAACAAAUAUGCUCAAUGAUAUUUAGGAAAUCAAUGGUGAACAUUCCCCAAUAAAAACCUUUAAAAUCUGUCCAUUUCAGAAAAGAAAUUUGAGCCUACAGCUAUAUAAGGAGCUGGCUGGAUGUGAAUACAUUUAUUUUUUUCCAUGUAUUGGAAAAGUUAUUUCCAAAUAUAAAUUUAACCAUGGCUACAUAAGGCCAAUGAUGAACAUGUAAAUCAAAUGACUUGCACCAAAAAAAAAAAAAAGAAAAGAAAAAGAAAGAAAGAAAAAGGAAGGAAAAAAGAGAAAGAAAGAAAAAGAAUUAUAAAGUGUGAGGAAGAGGAGCAAAUAAAGGAAAAUGUAUUUUCUACUACAGUAUGAAUAUCAAUUUCCAUGUUUGACUGUAUAAUAGUUCAUUGCUAAUCACAAUGAGAAACCAUAUCUUUCAAAAAUCUUUUCUGGAUUAUGAAUUGGUUGAAUUAUGAUUUCUUAGUGAAACAAUUUAUGGCCACAAACGUAUUAUUAACAGUCGAUAUGAAGUAGUAUUAAAUUUGAAGAAAAUUUUUUGGGAAAAAAAACAGUUUUGCUUCUUUAUAAAUAUAGAACAUUUAAACUAAACUAAAAUGUUUAAAUAUGUUUGAAAAGAAUUGGAAAAAUAAUACCUACUUCUUCAGAAAGCUGCUAACUUAGAGUUGAUGGUAUAACCAUUACUAAUAUAAGACUAACAGAGUCCUCAGUUCUUUUAUUUUUUUAAAUAAAUGUUCAAUAGUCAUUUUGUGUCCAUGAUAAAUUCAUCUACUUCACAAAAUGCUUUCUGAAAAGAACCUUUUUUUUUUUUUUUUUUUUUAAAGAUGGGGACAUUGAUUUUGAGGAGGUGAAGUCAACUGAUAUUUUUCUAUUGCAGCUUGAUCAUGUUAACACCCAAAACAUUGUAGCUGUUAUUCAUUUGAUUUUGUUCUCCUAAUACAUAUAAUAGUAUAUUCAGGGGUCAAAAAUAUUUCCCUAUUAAUGAUUUGUCCUUAUUUAUAUUCUAUCAAAAAAGUUUUUAAGAAACUACCUUAGCUUAAGGGCACAGGUACUUAUAAAUAUGCAAUAUCACAUGAUUGCAUGAGAUUUUUUUUUGUCAUGUAAGUUUUCUCAUAAUCAUCAUAUAAAUGCUUUAGAAUUCUUAUUUUUCCUGUGAUUCCUUCUCCAUGAGGAAUGUGAUACAUGUGCUUGUUCUCCUUUACAUAAAGAAAUGCAUGGCUUUAAUCUUCAGUUCAUUUUAAACUUUUUUAUUGUGGAGUUAUUUAAAGUUUACCUAUUAAAACUGAAGACUACAUAAACUGCUAGGCCAAAUCACUUUUUGUGUGAUUAGUAUUUAUUUGCUGGCUGCUAACAUUCUGAUUUUUUUUAAAUUAACAGUAUUUAGAAUUACCUGUUAAUCACUGUGGAAACAUUAGAAAAUUAAUCUAAUAGACCUCUCUAUAAAGAUAUGACUUAUUAAAGCAAUUUUUACAUAUAAACAUUUGACACCAGAGAACCAAAAAAAAAAAAAAAAAAGGUAAGGAAAAUGUUAAAAAGCAACUAGCCAAUCUUAUAGAAGCACCAUUAUUUGUGAUACUGGUAGUUAUUAAAAAAAAAAAAAAGCAAAAAUCAUUCUCUUCUUUCAGUUCACAGUAAUGAUUGCAAAACAGAUCUCCAAGGAAAUAAAUUACCUUUGAACUGUUGCCACAAAUUUCAAAUAUAACUUGACUUAGUCAAUUUAUUGAGUCUUUGAAAAUUAGUUUUAUGAUAUUUUAAUAAUCUAUUAUGUUUUUAUUUGCAUGAUGCUCCAUAUAUAAUGAACCAUUCAGAAUUCUUUAUCUUUCUUUAUACUGUUAACAUUGGUGCAAUUUUUGGUAAACUUUGAUUUCUGUUUUGUAUAAUUAUUACUUUAAUACUUUAACUUUUCAUUGAAAAAAAUGUUGUUUUGUCCAUUCAGAGUUAAAUGAUAUGGAAAUUUUUUAGAUAGUAAUAAUCCUAUAUACUGAUUGAUUUCAAAACUCAUAUCAAAACUCUUCUUGUGUUGCAAAUUGAUUUGCAAUUGAAUUGCAAAACUCAUGAAUCUAAUGAACUUUGUUGUCCUGUGUAUGGAUUUGUUUUUAAAAAGGAAAUAUUUUUCAUGCAAAUUUAUCAUUCCCUGUUUUAUUUAACUGUGGACAAUCCUAGAUGAAUGUCUUGUGAAGGAGUCAUACAAUAUGUGCUUGUUAUUUGUAUAGUUCUUGCUUUGAAAUGUUUGGAAAAGCUGCGCUAGAAUUAAGAAAAAAACAGGAAGUUAAUGAUAUUGAUUCUUACCUCUUUGUUACCAGUUGAAUGCAGUGUAACAACAUAGCUCUUCCAACAGUAAAUAAACUUGUUAUCUUUUGUUCA